AUCACUUUGCUCAACUUCUUUGUCACCGAAUCAGAGAUCGACUCUCCAAGGGUCUCGGCACCCAAGGGGCUCCAACAGCCCAAUUAGAGCUGCUCUCCCUUCACGGCUGUUCCUGACAGAAACGCUCAGGCUAUUAUGAUGUUCAGCUCCUUCUUCUACUCUCCUCCCUGUGGACUCACACCUGUUCAGAGCAUCAUCUCCGGUCUUCAAGGCAUCACAGAAACUCUUUAUUCAGCCUCCGCCACACUAGACUGGAAUGGACGGUUAGAUCCAGAGAGAUCGGGUGCUAUGUCCUUCAGUGCCAACACAAGCCAGCCUUCUCUACCAACAUCUCCUCGCCUCUUCAACGGCUCCGCCACCUCUCCUCACUCGCUGCUCUGGGAGAAGGAAAGCGGCAGUCUCGAGUCAGCUCAAGAAUGGCCGGGGAACAAGACCCAGCUCAUCUCGGACCUCUCUGUCCUCGAGCACGAAGAGCAGUGCCACAUGUCCCCCGUCCUCACGACGUGUCUGGUGGUGUGGUACAGCGUCACGAUGGUGCUGGGGCUGGUGGGGAACGUCGGCCUCAUUUGCAUCAUCACCCAUCGCAGGGAGAAAGUCAACGUCACCAGCAUCUUCAUCUGCAAUCUGUCGUUCUCUGACAUUUUGGUGUGCGUGUUCUGUCUCCCCUUCACCGUCAUCUACACGCUCAUGGACCACUGGGUGUUCGGGUCGCUGCUGUGCCGCCUGGUGCCGUUCAUCCAGUGCGUGUCUGUGACGGUGUCGGUGCUGUCGCUGGUCUUCAUCGCUCUGGAAAGACACCAGCUCAUCAUUAACCCAUCCGGAUGGAAACCGAGCGUUCCCCAGGCCUACAUGGCGGUCCUUUUUAUCUGGAUCCUGGCCAGCUUCACCUCCACGCCCUUUUUAGCCUUUCAGCUGCUCACUAACGAGCCGUACGCCAAUGUGGUCCUGCCGCUCCAUCCGCAGCUGGUUCCCUAUGUUCAUCCCAACGCAUCCGCUCCUCAGCUCGUCUCCGGUCCUUACAGGAACUCGUCUGUGCCUUUGAAUCUGUACCGCUCUCUCUUCUCUUAUGUCCCCACCUCCAUGCACAUGGAGGCCUGCGUGGAGCACUGGCCGUCCCACGAGCAUAGGGUCGCUUACGCCACGUGGCUCCUGCUGUUCCAGUACUGCGGCCCGCUCCUGCUGGUGCUGCUCUGCUACGUCAGGGUCUUCGUUCGCCUUCGCCACCGCAAAGACAUGCUGGACCGCGCCAGGACCCCGGAGAACCAGCGGAUGACCAACAGCCGGCGGAUCAACAUCAUGCUGGUGGCGCUCAUCACCGCCUUCGCCCUGUGCUGGCUUCCGCUCACCGUCUUCAACGUGCUGGCCGACUGGAACCUGGAGGCUCUGCCCGUCUGCCACCACAACCUCCUGUUUUCCCUCUGCCACCUGCUGGCCAUGUCCUCCACCUGCAUCAACCCCAUCAUCUACGGCUUCCUCAACUCCAACUUUCGACAGGAGGUGCGGGAGGUGCUGCUCCGCUGCCGCUGUUUCCCACAAGAAGAGGAGUUUGAGCGUUUUCCCAUGUCGACCGUCCACAUGGAGACGUCUCGCACUUCCGUGCCUCUCCAGUGCAGAAGCAACUCAGUCUGACUUUCUUUCAUGGGUCAGGCCUGUGUAAUAGAAAUUGAUCACAUCAGCUGUCCAGUUUUUGGACUUACUUACUUAAUUUUUUUUUUUCUUUCUUGUUUUAUCAGUGGUUUAAACUAUAAUGUGCAUUACAGUGUUGGUUUUUUCUUACUCUGUGCAUCCCUAUAAUUAAACAAUGAAUGGUAAUAAAAUAAAAGGAAUGUUUUCAAAAGAGUAAAGGUAAUGUGAAGGUAUUAGAUAAAAGUUUCUGUGAAAAAUGAAUCGUGUCAAACCGUUUAAAAAAAUACUUGUUUUCAGGUGGAUUAUUGUGAUGAAGUUGUAGUAUGUUUUGUGUUUGUGGCAUUUGUGCAGUGUAAAGGUGAAUGUUUUUACAGUGAAGAAUAAUAUGGGUUUGCUUUGUGUUUUAUGUGACAAAUAAAGAAAAUGUAGUGCUUUAUAACAUUGUUAAUGCGUUGGAUACACUCAGUUGUUUUUCAGCUGUGUUUAGAUCUUACUUCAUAAUAAUAUCGAAUUAGUUAGCUUUUCAUUCAAACUGGUAUGAGAUACAGAUAUGCACCAACUAAGCUGGGCAAUAUUGUAUUGUUUACCAAACGGCAUAAAAAUUAGAUAUCCUGUCACAGCGAUGACAUUUCCAAACCCACAAAAACUGUAGCAUGACUGGGGGCGGUUGCUGUUGCAGCUCAAACUCUUUCCCCACUGUUAUUUUCGUCAGCACAUGCAUACA